AUGCCUGUUGAAAUAACCCGCAUGGUCGAGAGCGACAUAGAUGGCGCUGUCGACUGUAUCCAAAAAGCCUUCGCGGAAGAUCCCUACUUCGCUUGGGUAUUCCCUGAAAAUUUCUCGCCGACACGAAACCGCGUCUCGCUUAGUAUUCGCUGUAGAUGGGGUCUUGAACACGCUCUGUUCUACGUAGCCAAAGACCCUUCAUCUUCUACCCCUUCGCGUAUCCUCGGUGUUGCCUGUUGGCUACCUCCUACCAAUUCUGCCGCGCCGCAAUCUUGGAAGAGCUGGUUAGGAGAUUGGUCGCUGUGGUUGAACCAAGUCUGGAUGAAUGCUGUGUAUGGUCGAGGCGGCCUGAAUGUGCGCCGCUACUACAUCUGGAAAGCUGCUCAAAGCGACGCGCAGCGUCAGCUCUGGACGGAUGACCAAGGGUACUACUUCUGUAAUAUUGUAACUGUGCUGCCAGAGUGCCAAGGAUUGGGUAUAGGAAAAGGACUUUUCGAAGUCGUGAUGCGUCAAGCAGAUGCCGAGGGCCGGAAGUGUUAUCUCGAGAGUUCGAGAGCGGUGCCAAAUAUGGCUAUAUACCAAAAGAUGGGCUUCGAAUUGGCAAAAGAAAUGGUGUGUGAUGAUCAGGGGACUGCCAUUACGCUGUACUGUAUGAUGAGGGAUCCGAAGCCGAUAUAG